AUCCAAUUCAAAGAUGACCUGGGAGGAAAAGAGACUUAUAAGAGCGGUGUGACAGGAGCAAACUUUGGCCUUCGUUCAGACCAGUACCUAUCUAAAAAGAGCCAAAAGGCUGCAACAGCCACAAAGGAGUGGACGGAACAAGAGACACUCCUCCUUUUAGAGGGCCUGGAAAUGUUCAAAGACGACUGGAACAAGGUGGCUGAACAUGUCGGAACACGAACUCAAGAUGAAUGUAUCUUGCACUUCCUUAGGCUUCCGAUAGAAGACCCGUACCUUGAGGAUGUACAGUUGGGUCCCCUAUCACACCAGCCCACGCCUUUCAGUCAGCAGGGUAACCCUAUCAUGUCUACUGUAGCUUUUCUUGCUUCUGUUGUGGAUCCUCGGGUCGCCAGCGCUGCUGCUAAAGCUGCUCUAGAGAAGUUCUCUGAGAUGAAGGACGAGAUACCGCAGUCAGUUAUUGACAGCCAUGUUAAGAAUGCUGCAAAUGCACGAGCGGAGAAAGUGAAGCAAGAAAACUCAGACGAAAGCAAAGAAGAAACACCACAACCCAUGGAAGUGAAUGGAAGCCAGGCAACUGUCCCCGAGGGAGGAGAGACACGAGCUCAAGAUGCAAAGGCGGAAGAGUCUUCCGAGCCAAGUAGCCAAGCGCAGAACGGCGAGAAAACACCGGCUAUAAACGAAGAAAACAUCGCGAAGGCGGCGGCUUCAGCCCUAGCAGCCGCUGCAGUCAAAGCAAAGCAUCUGGCGCAGGUUGAGGAGCGGAAGAUUAAGAGUCUUGUAGCGCUUCUUGUGGAGACUCAGAUGAAGAAACUGGAAAUUAAACUGCGCCACUUUGAAGAACUUGAAACCAUCAUGGACCGUGAACGAGAAGCGUUGGAAUAUCAGCGUCAACAGCUACUUGCUGAACGACAACAAUUCCAUCAAGAACAACUAAAGGCCGCCGAGCUGCGCGCUCGAGCUUCUGCCGGUCACCUUUCCCCGUCAGCUGCCUCUCCUGCGCAGCUGCAACCACAACCACAGACAUCCCAACCUCAGCUGCAGAUCCCACCACAGCAGCAACAACAGCAACAACAACAACAGCAGCAGCAGGCACAGGCACAUCAACAGCCAAAGCUUAGGCAUUCGCAGCAAGCCCCGCCCACGGCUCCUCAUCCAGGUGCCACCAGCCAAGCGCCACAAGUCGCCAGCCCCGCACCACAAGUUGCAGGUAACAGUCAGCCUGGCGGAUCCAAUCCACCGUCCGCCUCUGCCUCACCAGCUCCAGUAAUGAAUCCUGGCUCUGUUCCUCAGAUGGGCUCCCAUCCUCAUUCUGGAUGCAGUACCCCGGUGUCAUUCAUGGGAUCGAAUGCUGCCUCCCCUGCAUCAGCCCCGAGUACCCCCAGUAACGCCCCCUUACCUCAUGCUGCCGCUGGCCAGGUCGCCCACGGGCCCGCGGACAAUGCAGUUUCGAGCCCAGUUCCCCCAAACCAAAGCAUGAUGGAUUAA